AUAAGGUAGUUUGUACAAGGAUUAAUAUUACACAAUCAAAAAUUCACUUUGACUUUGAACUCAACGGUUGGAUUAGAAUACAACACUCUUACUUCAGUUAAUAUCAGAGUUGCUGGGAACACAAGGCUUGCUGCACUCGUGAUUUGUUUGCUUUUCAACAGAAUCUGACGCAAUUUGCUCUCAACAUGGAGUGUCUUGAAUGGAAAAAUAGGUUCCAGGUCGCGUACGUUCUGAGUAUCAUUAUCAUCCUAUCAUGUCCAAUUAACGAUGGCGCUAAUAUUUUGGUUGUUCCGAUUGAAGGUAGUCAUUGGGUCAAUAUGAAAAUUCUAAUCGAAGAGCUGAAACUUCAUGGUCAUGAUAUCAGUGUGCUAUUUUUCUCAACAUCUUGGUACAUCAAAGAAAGGCCAGAUCUAUAUCAAUCCAUUGUGGUUGAAAUGCAAGGAUUCCUUAAACAAAGUUCAAAUGAAGAAUUUAUAGCACAAUUUGUACAAAAUAUACUAGAAGCCAUGAAGAAUGAAUCAACAUUAUGGACUUUUGUGAAGUUCCAAUAUGAUGUGUCUGCAUUUCUGCACAUGUGUCAUAGUUGGGCUAAAGAAUUUAACACUGCAGUUUUUGAAAACAAAACUUUGUUAAAACGACUUGGAAGUGCAAACUUUGACUUAAUACUCACUGAUCCCGUUUUUGCAACAGGUGCAAUGCUGGCAUAUUAUUUAAAACUCCCCUUGGUAUAUAAUGUUCGUUCACUUAGCAGUGGAGAAGCUCAUUUUCGAAUUGCCCCAUCACCACUGUCCUAUGUGCCAAUCCUUGGCUCACGAUUGACAGAUAAAAUGAGUUUUCUCCAAAGAACACAAAAUGUCAUCAUAAGUCAUGUUCAACUAUGGGUUACAGAAUUUAUUGUUCACCCAAUUUACAAUGAACUCUGCCAUCGUUAUCUGGGCCCAGACAUACACAUCGAGACUAUUCUUCAAAGGGCAGAUGUAUGGCUGAUGAGAAUAGAUUUUACAUUUGAAUUCCCGAGACCCACCAUGCCAAAUAUUGUUUAUAUCGGAGGAUUCCAGUGUAAACCAUCCAAGCCUUUACCUCUAGAGUUUGCAGAAUUUGUCCAGUCCUCAGGGGAACAUGGGAUUAUUGUCAUGUCACUGGGGACCAUUGUUAGCUCUUUGCCAAUGCAUAUUACAAUGCAAAUAGCAGAGGCCUUUGCUCAAGUACCUCAGAAAGUUAUCUGGAGAUAUGAUGGAAAUAUCCCUCCCAACAUAGGAAAUAAUACACUACUGGCAAAAUGGAUCCCUCAGAAUGAUCUACUCGGGCACCCAAAGACACGAGCCUUUAUUGCUCACGGUGGCACCAAUGGAGUUUAUGAAGCCAUCUAUCAUGGGGUGCCAGUAGUUGGAAUGCCAUUGAUUUUUGACCAGUUUGAUAAUUUACUCCGACUUGAAAUCCGAGGUGCAGCAAAAGUGAUUAAUGUUGCAACCAUGCGGUCAACAGAUCUAUUGCAGGCACUGAAUGAGGUUAUACAUAACACCUCUUAUCGGGAGAACAUGCAAAAACUCUCUGCACUGCACAGAGACCAACCCGAGACUCCGAUGGAGAGAGCUAUUUUCUGGAUUGAGUAUGUUGCUCGACACAAAGGGGCAGCACAUUUACGCUCGGAGUCUUACCAACUCCCCUGGUACAUUUACUAUAGUGUAGAUGUGAUGAUCUUCCUGCUGUCACUGUUCAUUAUGAUUGCAGUGGUGGCAGUCCUACUAUUGAAGAAUUUAUGUAAAAUCGCUUGGAAGAGAAAACAAAAAACUCACUGAAAUUUAUGCUUUUGAAUUGUGUAAGGGACAUUCUUGUAUAGACAGCAUGUGGCUGUCUUUUGGCAAAGUCUUACAUUUUUUGGCUUAUGUUUGAAAACAGCAGUCCUUUGAAUAGAUGGUAGCAGAGAAAUUCUGUGUUUACAUCAUGAAGAACAUAAUAUGAGUGUUAUUCAAAAUUUGUUCUCAAAUUAGGUAACUUGUAAUGAAAAAAACAUUAAACAAGAACAUGGAACUGCUGAGGUGCCCUGAGAAGACCUGAGUAGAGAAGUCCUUUCCUUCUAAAUUCAAUCCAUUCACUCAUUCAUCGGGCAGUCAACAUGCUUGCAAGAUUAACCAUAUCCAGUGGGAUGUGUGGGAUCUGAGAUGAUGACAUCAUUGUAAUGUUACAGGUCUACUAAACUAGAGGCAUAUGAGCCUUACCAGUCUAAUGUCCUGAUGACAUGUUCAAAUCCAACAACAGUUCCUGAUGUAAUUUCCAAUGUUUAAAAUUGAAAGCCAAUAUCAAUAUCUUGAAACUGUCUUUGAUUUGCACAAAAACCCAUCUCAUAUCCUGUAGGGAAGGAAAUCUGCCGACCCUACUGGACUGAUCUACAUGUGACCGCAAAACUGAAGAAAAGUAUUUGACUGUUAACUAAGUUCUGAAAUGGUCUAACAAGCUAUUCAGUUCAAGGGCAACUGGGGAUGAGCAACAAUUAAUGGCCUUGUCAGUUACACAUCCUGUGGAAGAUUAAAUUGGUUACUUUGUUGUGUUGGUCAUAUUCUGAUAGGUUGAAACUAAAUUUUGAUUACUGAAAGACUUUAAUGUGCAACAGGCAUUAUCAACUGUUUUCAAUGACACUGCUGUGGGCUCUACGUAGUGCUACAUCAUGAGGUGCCAAAAACCAUUGAAAUGUAUAAAAAUGUUGGGCAAAACAAAACAAAAUGUUAAUUCUUAGAACCAUGCGUCCUUCAGUUUAUUGCUGCAAAGACAAGGAAUAUUCUGCACUUAGCAUCAGUUUUUCAUUACUGUUUAGAACUGACAUUCAACUGAUCAUAAAUAAAAACGGAACGGACUGUGGAUACUAUAAAUCAGGAACAAAAACAGAAGUUGCUGGAAUCUCAGCAGGUCUGGCAGCAUCUGUGAAGAAAAAAUCAAAGUUAACAUUUCAGGUCUGGUGACUGAAGAACUGAUGGCAGCUGGGAAAAUGUUGGCUUAUA